CUUAUACUUAUUGUAUUAUUUUAAUUGUAGGUACCACUAACAUUCAUAACAAGUAUUUUAUAUUUAUUUAUACGAGUAUAAUUUGGUACCUAAAUUCUACAGAAAGAAUAAAUCGAAAUGGCUCUAAAAUGGGGAAUAGCAGCUGCUGGCAAAAUUUCAAGUGAUUUCGUUGUUGCUCUGAAGGCACUUCCUUCAGAUAACCAUCAAGUUGUGGCUGUAGCAGCGCGUUCAUCAACUAGUGCUGAAAAAUUCGCGAAAGCUCAUGGAAUUCCUCAGGCUUACGAGGGUUACCAGAAACUUGCGGAGGAUGGCAAUGUGGAUGUCGUUUACGUGGGCGUGUUAAAUCCUCAGCACUACGAGGUUUCCAAAUUGAUGCUGGAAAAUGGAAAGCACGUUCUGUGCGAGAAGCCGUUUACGAUGAAUGAGAAACAGACUAGGAAGUUGAUUGAGAUCGCUAAGGCUAAAAAACUGUUUAUUAUGGAAGCUAUUUGGUCGAGGUGUUUCCCGGCAUAUAAAGAACUUAGAAAGAUCAUAGAAUCUGGAGAUAUUGGGGAGGUGGUUCAAGCAAGCGUGGAAUUUGGCUUUCCAAUUUCAAACAAUGAUCGUAUAAAGUCAAAGGAGCUGGGGGGAGGGACAAUACUAGAUCUGGGAAUAUAUGUUCUUCAAUUUCAGCAGUAUGUCUUUCGUGGCCUCACUCCAUCCAAGGUGGUGGCAAGUGGACACUUAAACGAAGAUGGUGUUGACAACUCGGUUUCUGCAAUUCUCACUUAUCCAGGAAGUAAGACGGCUUUAGUUUCCAUAUCCAGUCUGGUGAAAUUGUCCUGCCAGGGUAUUAUCUACGGCACAAAAGGAACCAUAAAAGUCGACGAAGUCUGGAGCCCCACUACGUUGGAUUUGAAUGGACAAGUUCAAAAGUUCCCUUUGAUAGAAAACAAGGGUAGUUUUAAUUAUUACAAUAGCGCAGGUUUGGCUUACGAAGCAGAAGAAGUCAGGAAAUGCAUAAGAGCUGGUGCUAUCGAAAGUGAGCAAAUUACUCACAAAGAAACCAUUCAGUUGGCUCACCUGAUGGAUAAGUUGAGGCAGGACGUAGGUGUGGUGUUCCCAGCUGAUUCAGAAAAUUAUUGAAUGAAUUAAGUUUUGAGCAUUACUAUUAUUGUAUAGUUAUUCAGGGUAAAAUUUCAUCAAUAUUAUUAUUCAAGACCAUUAUAUAUUUUUUGGAAGUUAUAUUGUAUACUUAAUAAAAUGUUUU